AUGACAUGGAGGUUUUCAAGAAAAAAGUCAGUAAAUUUGCAUAAGUCAACCAAGCUUGUGUGGCAAUCAUUUUAUUAUGAACCAGGAGAUUUCAUCUAUGGAGGCAUUAUUUAUCAAACCGUCUUCUAUAUGAAUCCAUACAAUUUCCGCAAAUAUCCUUCUGGGCCCCCUUUGGGAAAAAUUGUAGUGACUGAGAACUACCAGCACAUCUUGGCUUUGAUAUUUGCUGUGAAACAGAUCAAUCAAAAUGCCCAAAUGUUACCCAAUGUUACCCUGGGAUUCAAUAUUUAUGAUAGUCACCUGAAUGCAAAGUGGACUUACCAUGCAGCAAUACAAAUGAUUUCUCCAAAUAGCAAACUUUUGCCCAACUAUAAGUGCAAAAUUCAAGGCAAUAUUUUUGCAAUUAUUGAGGGAUUGAUCUCAGACAUCAUACACCGGUUUCCAAUUCUUAUGAGCCUUUAUAAAAUUCCACAGUUCAUGUACGGAUCUGCUAGAGUUGAAGCAGGAGAUACCAAUCUCCCUUUCUUCUACCAAAUGGUUCCAAAUGGAAUUUAUCAGUAUAGGGGUAUCCUCCACUUACUUCUACAUUUUGAUUGGAGGUGGAUUGGAUUCUUGGUGGCGAAUGGGAUGAACUUAGAUUGGUUCGUACAGACCUUGGUACCUGAGUUUUCCAAAAAAGGCAUUUGUUUUGCCUUCAUAGAGUUGUUCAGCAGUUCAUGUUAUAAUGCCAAUACGGGAUUUUUUUUCAACUGUGUCAUAGCAUUUUAUGAAAUAAUGGAUAAUGAAGUUAGUGUCUUGGUUUUUAAUGGAGAUACACGUUCCAUGAUAUUUUUGAGAUAUUUAUUAAAUACAGAUUUUAAAGAACUGUUUGGAAACCCCAAAGGGAAAGUAUGGAUACUGACUGUUGGGAUGGAGUUGAAAUUCUUUACCAAUAAAAAAACCUGGGAUUUGCAGGACUUCCAUGGUGCAAUAUCAUUUGCAAUUCAUGCUAAAGAACUGAAAGGAUUCCAACAACAUAUUCAAGAUCAAAAGCCUUCUGUUGUAAAAGACAAUGGUUUUAUCAAGGAUUUCUGGAGUAAUUCAUUUGGAUGUGCAUUUCAAGAGUCUGAUCUGGGAGAUGGGAAUGAGAAUAUUUGCAGUGGAGAGGAGAAAUUAGGGAGCCUUCCUGAACAUGUUUUUCCAAAAAGAGUAACAGGCCAUAGCUACAGCAUUUACAAUGCUGUGUAUGCUGUCGCUCAUGCUCUGCAAUCAAUGUAUUCUUCUAUAACUGGAAGAAAGUUUAUAAUGAAACAAAAAGGAAGGGAGCUUCAUAAUUCUGUCCUCUGGAUGAUAUUCCAUUUUAUGAGAUCUGUAUCAUUUAACAACAGUGCUGGUGAAAAGAUUUUCUUUGAUCAGAAUAGGGAACUUGUUCAAGAACUGGACAUCAUCAACUGGGUUAUAUUUCCAAACCAAUCAUUCACUGGACUGAAAGUUGGAAAAAUGGAUCCUCAAUCUCCUCCAGAUGAAGCAUUCACCAUUAAUGAAGAUGCAAUAGUAUGGCACAGCUGUUUUAACCAGACAUUGCCUCUUGCUCUCUGUAAUGCCCAUUGCCAACAUGGAUCUAGAAAAAAAAGGAAAGAGGGGAAACCUUUCUGUUGCUAUGAUUGCAUUAUGUGCCCCAAAGGAUCAAUAUCCCACCACAAAGACAUGGCUGACUGUGUCAAAUGCCCUGAUGAUUACUAUGCUAAUAAAGAUCAGAAUACCUGUAUUCCCAAGAUUAUAAGCUUCUUGUCUUAUGAAGAACCUUUGGGUAUCAGUUUAGGCAUAGGUGCCAUUUCAUUUUCAUUGGCUACAGUUAUGAUACUAGGAAUAUUUCUGAAGUACCACAAUACUCCCAUUGUGAAAGCCAACAACCGUGGCCUUACCUACAUGCUACUUAUUUCAAUUGUGCUGUGCUUUCUUUGUGCAUUGCUCUUCAUUGGAUACCCAAAGAAGGCAACAUGCCUUCUCCAGCAAAUAGCUUUUGGCAUUGUCUUCACAUUUGCUAUUUCUUGUGUGCUAGCAAAAACCAUCACUGUGGUUCUUAUUUUCAUGGCAACCAAACCAGGAUCCAGGCUCAAAAAAUGUAUAGGGAACCACCUGGCUUGUUCUAUUGUACUUUCUUGCUCUUUUCUUCAAGUAAGCAUUUCUCUGGUGUGGAUGGCAACUUCUCCUCCUUUUCCAGAUAUGGACAUGUAUUCAGUACCAGAAAUAAUUGUUUUGAAGUGCAAUGAGUCAUCACCAGUCAUGUUUUAUUGUCUUUUGAGUUACAUGGGUUUCCUGGCGAUAGUUAGUUUCACUGUGGCUUUCUUCGCCCGCAAGUUGCCAAAUAGUUUUAAUGAGACCAAACUUAUAACAUUCAGCAUGUUGGUAUUUUGUAGUGUUUGGUUCACUUUUGUCCCCACUUACUUGAGUGCCCAAGGAAAAUAUAUAGUAGCCGUGGAGAUCUUCUGCAUUUUAUCUUCCAGUGCUGGAUUGCUGGGUUGUCUCUUUUUCCCCAAAUGCUACAUUAUUUUGUUGCGACCUGACCUGAACAAAAAGCAAUUCUUAAGAAUAAAGCAGUAG